AUGACCAUCCUCACAAUCGGUCCCGUGAAUUCGGGAAAAUCGAGUCUGAUAAAACGUCUCGAGGAAGUGAGUGCACCCGAGUAUCGGCGAAUGCCCCACACCUUCGCCACCACCGGACUCAACAUAUCCGACCUGCGUCUAAGCACUUCUGCGAGCCGCAAGGGCACAAUGGUAACAGUCAGAGAACUCGGAGGCGUUAUGUACAAUUUAUGGACGAAGCAUGCAGUCGAUAAAGACAUCGAUGCAAUCAUAUUUGUCAUUGACGGGUCGAAUCGAGAGUUUUUCCCAACGGCACAUGUGGGUCUGUACGACAUCCUCACCUGUGGUUCUACUGCGCCUCUGCUGAUCGUAUUCAAUAAAGCGGAUCUGUGUUCCGACAAUGACAUCGAACGCUACCGACAAGCAUUGGGUGUGGACCGAUUGAAGGAAUUCGCACAUCAGGAAAUCAGCGUUGUCAAGACCAGCGUCAAAACAAUUUUUGGUGUCGAUAAAAUGAACGCAUGGAUUUCAGACCGAGUAACCGAAGCGGAAAAGCGACGGGAAGUUCUCCACGCACAGAAUACGGCUUCAUGA